AUGGCGUCGCCCACUGUCAUCGUCUUUGGUCCUACAGGCCACGUCGGUUCUGCCGCUGCCUGCCACGCUCAACAAUUAGGCGCAAGGGUGGUUCUUGCCCUCCGCGAUCCUCAUAAGCCCAUCCCCGGCCUUAGUCCCGAUCAGGAGAAAGCGGGUGACUUCGAUCGCGUCCAGGCUGACCUCACUAAGCCUAAAAGCAUCGAAGCUGCCGUGCGCACCACUGGAGCCAAGCAUGCCUUCAUAUACCUUGCGUUCGGUGCGACGGACUUUAUGAGGUCUACUAUCAAGGCACUUAAGGAUGCCGGCAUUGAGUUCGUUGUUUUCCUAAGCAGCAUCAAUAUUCAGGGCGACAUUAGGGAGAUCACCCCCGCAUCGUUCUUAGCGUAUGCUCAUGCACAGGUCGAGAUCGGCCUUGACGAGCUCUUUGGCCCUAAAGGCUAUAUCGCAAUUCGACCGGCGUACUUCAACACCAACGCGAGCUGGUGGGCGAAAAUGAUUCGUGAAGGGGAGGUUAAGAUUGCAUAUCCGGACGCCAAAUUAGACUGGAUCUCGCCAGAUGACAUUGGAAGAGUGGCCGGAAAGCUACUUGUGCAAGGAAUACAGGCCAUAGAGGGUGCGGAGCCCCACAACUCCAUCCCCCUAUGCGGGCCGAAGCUAGUAUCUCAAAGGGACGCUAUAGGGAUAUUUGGUAGGGCAAUUGGCAAGGAUGUCAAGGUCACCGAGCUGGAUGAACAGGAAGGUGUGAAGAUUAUGCUGAAGUAUGGAGUACCGGAGUUUGUGGCAGGACCCCUUGUAACCGCACUAGGGGCAUCAUCUAAAGGCGAAGGGGACCUGUUUCAGGGGGAGAUAUUUGAGAAGGCCUCUGCUAAUGUUCCUAAGUAUGCCGGAUGGGCGACGAGCUUGGAGCAGUGGGCCGAGACAAACAAGGCCUUGUUCGAUGUGUGA